UCAUUUUUUUGCUUUCAAAACAGCGAUCGCAUUUCAUGCGACUCGUUACUUUUUCACUGUCGCCAAAUUUUUGUGUAUACAACAUAACAUAAAGACUUGACUUGAUCUUGUUUACUGAAGUAUAUGAUCAGUAACCAGAUUUUUACGAUAAAACAGGAAUAAUGGACGAAUUACGGUCGUUUUUCAACGACUCUCGUCCAUCGCAGUCCAAUGUGGUAAGACUUAAAGGACCCUUAACUGCCGGAUUUCGUAUCACGAAAGAAGAUACCCUAAAUGAGCUGAACAGACGAGAAGAUCAUCGGCAUUCAGUUAUUUUGACCGGCACUGAUUACGUCCGUGAAGUUAAAGAACGGGAAAUCGCAACUUAUUUGAAGAAUGAAACAGAACAUGAUCGCUGGGACAGCAUUUCCGACCGACUGGAGUCUUUGGAGCAUCUGUCUUCACUGGGAACUUCUCUGCCAAAUAUUGGAGAGCUCACGGAGGAAGCCAUGACUGAAGUGUACAGCAAGUACUCAUUCCAGAUGAAAGAGGACACCAACAAAUUAUCCAUCAACAGCUCUAAAACUGAUAUUUUAGACCGCAUCAGAGGGUUCCCCGUUGUCAUCAUAGAAGGGCCCACAGGCUGCGGUAAGACCACACAAGUGCCGCAGUGGAUCCUGGAUGACUGCCACAUGCACCGCAGAGCUUGCAAGAUCAUAGUCACACAGCCGAGGAGGAUCGCUGCCAUGUCCAUAGCUAAAAGAGUUGCGCAGGAGCGAGGUUGGGAUGUUGGUGGGGUUGUUGGUUAUCAGGUUGGACUAGAGAACAGGACAUCUAAUGACACAAGGAUUCAUUAUGUGACAACAGGAGUAUUAUUGCAGAAAUUAGUAAAUGCCAAAACAAUGAAUGAAUACACCCACAUAAUACUCGACGAGGUCCACGAGCGUGGUCAGGACAUGGACUUUCUCUUACUGGUCGUCAAGAAACUGCUAUACACAGUGUCACCAACAGUGAAAGUGAUACUGAUGUCGGCCACGUUCCAAACGCAGAAGUUUGCUGACUACUUCAUGAUCCCCACGCCGAGGGGGCAGCACAUGGCAUCUUGUAUACAAGUGAAUAAGAAGGAUCCAAUGUUCUCUGUGAAAACCUUUUACCUGGAGCAGCUGAGUAAAUUUGGUUCGCUUGUCGAAGCCUGUACGCCCAAAGCCCAUGAGCCAAACAUAAUCACCGAGAUGUACCAUCUUGUAGUGAAGCUAGUGAACGCAUUUGAGCAGAUCGACAUGACAGAGGACCAUAUCACCGAUCGGUCAGAAGCUGACCUGCCUUCUGUGUUGAUAUUCCUACCGGGAAUAAAUGAGAUUGAGGAGCAGUAUAAUGCUUUAACUGACCUGCAAUUGAGAAAGAAGAUAUCGCCCGAAUGUCCCCGCUACAACUGGUGGGUGCUGCCCCUCCACUCCACCAUCACGGCGGACGAGCAAGUCCGAGUGUUCCAGCGCGCGCCGCCCGGCCACCGCAAGAUCAUCCUCGCCACGAACAUCGCCGAGAGCUCCAUCACCGUGCCCGACAUCAAAUAUGUGAUUGACUUCUGCCUGAUGAAAAUCUUAAUAGCGGACUCGGCGACCAACUUCUCCACUCUGAGCCUGAGCUGGGCGUCUAAGAGCAACUGCGAGCAACGUUCUGGCCGCGCGGGGCGUGUGCGUGACGGCCGUGUUUACCGUCUAGUGCCCGCCAAGUUUUUUGACAAGUUCCAACAAGACAGUCCGCCGGAGAUAGUCCGCUGCCCGUUGGAGCGACUGGUGCUGCUGGCGAAGAUGCUGGACAUGGGCCCGCCCAGCGACGUGCUCGCGCUGGCCAUGGACCCACCCGAGAUGGCCCACAUACAGCGCACCAUGCUCGUGCUCAAGGAGAUCGGAGCUUUAAAGAAGACAGUGGACGGGGAGUGGUCAUCAUCAGACGGCGAUCUCACGUACAUGGGCCGCAUCAUGGCGCGCCUGCCUCUCGACGUCAAAGUCUCCAAGAUCAUCAUACUGGGACACAUCUUCGGCUGCUUGGAUGACAGCAUCAUUAUGGCUGCCGCAUUGUCGGUCAAGAACGUAUGUAGCAGCCCGUUCCGCGAGCGCCUGAACGCCUACAACGCCAAACUGACUUGGGCUGAUGGCUCCACCAGCGACUGCGUCGCUUACCUACACAUAUACAAAGUGUGGGACAGAUUCCGGCAACAGCAGUUCUUCAAGCAGAAAGGUAACAGCGAAGCGGUCUGGGCGCGGAAAUUCUACGUGCAACUGCGGGCGCUGCGGGAGCUCAGCGACAUGGUGCGCGAGCUGCGCCUCCGGCUCAGCCGCGAGGGCAUCGAGGCGCCCAAGGGCUCGCCCUGGGCACGCAACCAUCUCGCCUUCGUGCACAAGGUGAUACUCGCGGGCGCAUUCUACCCGCAGUACUUCGUGCACGGCUCGCAGAACGAGACGCGUGAGCGGGAUGCACUGCGUGAACUAAACGGACUUGAUCCGCGCACCACAGUGUACUUGAAGAAUUUCCCCGACCGUCAGCCGGGGAACAUCUACGCCGCGGCCAUCAGGAACAAGGUGCACGAGCUCAUCAAGGAAGAACCACGAGUCACCUUCGACAACAACAGCAGGAAAGUUUUCCUGACCUUCCCGACUAGUGAAGAAACCUGUAGCCGCAGCAAAACUGAAGAUGGAGACCCAACGAUCCCAGGCCAAAUAUUGCUGGCAGUGUACAAGGCCGUGAAGGGGAGACAACUGAAGAUGGACAUCAGGAUACCUCUGUUACCGUUGGAGGAAGCGAAGGCUCUCGCCGAGGAGAUGACCCAGAGCCGAUCCGCCAUACCCACAGAGCUGCAAGUGCCGAGGCUGCCCAGCAUCGAGGAGACAUAUUUUCCCCUCAAAGUGACCCAGGUCACAAGCGUGGGCAAGUUCUGGGUGCAAUACGACGAAGAGACCGCAAUGAGCGAGCUGAACGAGAUCCAAGCAACACUCAACUGCAGCCAGCUCCUGAGUUACACCGACCCCGUGUCUCCAGGGGACCUGGUAGCCGCCCCGUAUACUGACCAACGCGUGUAUAGAGCACGGGUGCAGAAGGUGCUCAAGGAUAUGGUUGAGAUCGCAUACAUCGACUUCGGGACCUUCGGCCGCAUCGCCAUCUUGAGCCUGCGCGAGCUGCCACCGGGCGUGUGCCUAAGCACCCCGCCGCUGGCCAUGCCGUGCCGGCUGGCCGAGCUGGCGCCGGCCCCGCUGCUGGACUCGCACGCGCAUUGGUCCGUCCCCGCCGAGAAGAUGUUCCAGCGGUUCGUGCGCCAGCCGCGCCUCAUGGGCAAGAUAUACUCGGUGGCGCACGGAGUGGUGUCGAUCGAGCUGCUGGCCAAAGGCGGCAACGAGAGCCUGAACAAGGACCUCGUCAACGCCAAGCUCGCCAUCACCUGCGAGGAGAGCUACGAUUCCAAGCUGAACUACGACCUGCGGCAGUCGGCGUGCGCGCUCAACUCCGAGCUCAACACGGCGCAAAUCCGCGCUUACGACCGCGAGCAAAGAGAAAACGCCUUCCGCGAGCUGCGCGAGGUGGACUCGCUCGACGCCCGGCGCUGCUACACCGACUGCUGCCUCAAGGGGCCCUUCAGCCCUCUGGAGGGAACGGUCCAUAACCUGAUGUACGGCAGUCGCGAGACGCAGGUGAACAUCGAGUGGAGCUCUAUCAACUCCGUGCUGCUCGACACGGAGCCCCAGCGCGCCUACGAAAGAUUGUUGAUAGCAGCUGAUGUGGGCCAGAGCGAACACAGCAAAAAGCUGACUCUACGUCAUACUACCCUCAUGCCUAACGUGCCGGGCCUGCCCGCCAUCAUCGCGCUCCUGUUCUGUCCCACGGCGGAGCUGAGACGCGGGCGGUGCGGCGCGCGGUACUGCGCGGCGCUGUGCGGGCUGGGCUGUGCGCCCGGCGGUGCGCCGCUGUUCCCCGAGCACGACCUGCUCGUCAACGUGGACGCCGACCUCGACACCGAGGACGUCACCUACAUUAACCAUAUCCGGUACCUGAUGGACUACUCGAUCUUCUGCCGCGAGGGGCAGGACACGCCCACCAUCGACGACGAGGCGCGCCAGAAGGUCCCCGAAACAAUCCGCGACAUUCUCUUCAAGCUGAUGGAGAAGCGGCGUAAGCACCGCGAACCAGAAACCAUCCCCAACUCCUGGGAGUGGAAAUCCGUGCCCGAGGACGAGUUGCUCGAGCUCGCGGCACCUGAGCUAACUGCCUAUGCCACGGCCUACCCGCUCCACUCCCCGCAGGAGCUGCGCCCCAUACCUCGCGAACAUCUCGACCACCUCAAGCGGGAGGUCGACAAGCUGCGCCUGCUGGUCGACAGAUCAUCGAUCUCAUCGAGCGCGGAGUUGUCGUGCCCGCUGUGCGAGACGCCGCCCAUGCCCACGCACGCAAUGCGCAUACAUCUCUACUCCAACUCGCACAAGGAGAAGGAGGAGGACUUUGCAGUCUUCAACGCCUAAAGGCUAUCGCGACUACCCAAACGGUACCUUACUUUAGUACCGUCAACCGGGGUGAAUAGGGAUGGCUGGGGUGAAUAGGGACAAAACUUUAAAUGUUAUUUACCUGACAAUUUCUUAAUAACUACCCACACAAAUUGUAUCAUACAAAAUCUACUAUUAUUCAAUCGAAUGAUACAAUUUUCGUGUGUAUUUUUUAAGAAAUUGUCAGGUUAAUCACAUUUUAACUUUUGUCCCUAUUCACCCCAGCCAUCCCUGUUCACCCCGGUUGACGGUACUUGUUUUUACAGUAAAUUCAUGAUAAAAAAACCCAAGUGUUGGUGGAAGAUAAUUAAUGAUUGUUAACCGAAUUAAUGUAUCCCAAUCGUCUCCAUGCCAUGGACGAAUAAAGUAUGUCUAUACAAAUUAUUGGAGGUACGCGAUUUUGUCUAUACGUUGUCAGUAUUCAUGUUUUAUUGGUCUAUUUCUAUACCAAAUGAUACCAGUGUCACCGAUGGUCAGUAUAUUCAUGAUCAAAAGCCUAAGUCCUAAACUUAUCUUAUUAUUAGAUGUUAAUCCAUUGUUGAUCAUCGAAUUGACGUCUUGCCUUCGAAUUGAAGGCUGUCUAACAAAAGCAAACGGUACACUGGUACAAGUGUCACGUAUAAACUUACGCAGUAAGUGUAUAUUUGAGAUGUCCGUGAAGAGACAUAGACUGCUUUUCUUGAUAGUUCAGUACCAAAGAGGAGACUGGUCCUAUAUUUAGAGGAAAAAUUGUAAAAUAUUUGCUAUUGAUAGUGCCCGUUAUCUCAAAUAUAGAUUUAAGUCUAACUUUUGUUCCUUAUUUUUGUUGUUAGAGUUAAAUUUUAUUUUCUUACUUGCCUAUACGUGAAUAAUUGAUGUGUAGGCAAACAAACUGUAUUUUUUGUUAUAAACUAUGGAUGUAUAUGAUCUGAUAAAUUUGAUUUUAAAGGCAUUGACUAAAUUCAUAACCAACUGCUUAUUGACAAGAAGGGAAUUCGUCCGAUCGUUUAUUAUGGUAAAAAUAACCUCAUGUUUACAUAUAAAUUUUGGCCAGUCAUAAAUGUUAUAAAAAACCAGUGCCAUUUUAUAUGCUAUAAUAUAUAUAAAUGAUCGUAUCGUAUCUUACUGUCGUUUCAAAGUAAGUUGAGAUGAGGUAAGAAGAAUACGUAAGGUGCUGAUACACUUGAUACGCUUUUACUUGUGAUGUAACAUUCGGAAGAAUGCUCAUUCGGAAUCGUCUUACCCCGAAAAUAUCAACUAUGGUCUUCUUACCCCAUCUUACCUUAUAUAUAUCAUUCCAAAAUAAUCUUUAAAAGUUCGCUGAUCCAUAGUGUUAGUACACCAGUAAAUAAUAUUAAUUAUGUAUAGUACUCCUAAUAUUGUCCAUUAUUUCAGUUGAUUUCUUGUUUAUUCUUAGGACUAACAUUUGUUUUGUUUGUUGUUAUAACUAUCAGAUUAGUUUUAUGUCCCAUAAAUGUUUGGUUUAAUUACUUACAUGAAGCUUAUUGUGAUGAUUAAGGAGCUGAAAUGGCGAAUUUACCAAACCUAUAAGUAAUAAGUUACAUUACGUUUAUACCAGUACUAGUUACUAAUAUCAUUUGUUGUGACAUGUAUGUGAACAUGCAUUUCUUCAUGUUAAGUGUAUAAGACCAAGAUUAUAUAAUAAAUGAG